GUUCUAAAAUAAUUGAAGUUAGAUGACAUUAUUUCUCUGCAAGGCAAUUUUACCCGAGCCUCACCCGGAGUAAUCAACUCAGACUCGACUCACUUCCUGGGUUCAUACACUGAUUUUUACCGCAGAAAAAUAUCGCUUCAAAUUCCCAGAGAUACCUUUUUCGGUUUUGAGGAAGACUGCCUAUGUACAGUAAGCAUGGCAAGUAACCUCCCAUCUUCUGUUGCACAGUCACUUUGGCUGCCUGCGGCUGGAUACAUGGCCCCUCAAAAUUUUGGUCCUCCCUUUCCUAUGCAAUUUCGUCCGCUAGCACCAAUGCCACAUGGACAGCCAUUUAUUCCUCCCUCUGCCACUCAGCAAUUUCAUCCAGUUGGACAAACACAACAUGUUGGGUUGCCUCCUGGUCAAAUUCAACCUCCACAGUUUUCUCAACCAAUGCUGCUAUUUCUGCCACAGUCUAGCCAGCCAGGGCAAACUACACCAACUUCAUAUGCCCAACCAAGUAUGCCUAUCUCAUCAGUCACGCCGCAGUCUCAGCCUACUGGCCCAAGUCCUGGAGUUUCAUAUUCUUCCCCAUACUCUUUCGCUCCAUCUUUUGGCCAGCCACAGAAUAGCAUGAACAUGACAUCCCAAUUCCAACCUGCAUUUCAAGUGUCUGCUCCCUUUGGCCCUACUGGAGGACAACCUUUGUUGCACUCUAGUCAGGGUGCUUCACUUGUGGCACCAUUACAGCAAACUAGUCAACAACCUUUGGUUGCAGGCCUUACAGCUGCUACUGUGUCGGCUGAUAAUGGUCUUAAUACCACUCAACAGACUGCUUCUGAUUGGCAAGAAUAUCAAGCUGCUGAUGGGAGAAGAUAUUUUUACAACAAAGUUACGAAGCAGUCUAGCUGGGAGAAGCCUCUUGAAUUGAUGACACCCUUAGAGAGAGCUGAUGCCUCAACUGUUUGGAAAGAGUUCACAACUCCUGAGGGUAGAAAGUAUUACUACAACAAGGAAACAAAGCUAUCUAAAUGGACAAUACCUGAUGAAUUGAAGUUGGCCCGUGAAGAGGCUGAAAAGGAAGCUGCCCAGGGAGCAGAUACUAACUCUACUGAACCAGCAUUUUCUACAGGCACCUCUGCUGAACGACUAUCUGCUGCUGUCACCACAGUCAGUUCCACCAACACAACAAUGUUUCCUGUCUCUUCAAGCCCUGUUCCAGCGGCCUCCAUUACUGAUACUAUUGCUUCUCCAGUGAUGGUUUCUGGAUCAUCAGCCACCCCCACGAUACACACUGCUUCCACAAGUGCGGCUGGUGUGCCCUUAGCUGGAGAAACAGUUGUGCCAUCACCUUCUAAUUCAACACCAGUGAGCAACAUGGAAAGUUCAUCCUCCAAUGUUGAGACUUCACGGGGUGGGGCUUCUUUUCUGGAUAUUGAGGAGGCAAAGAAGGGAAUGGCUGUUGCUGGAAAAAUAAAUGUAACUCCAGUGGAAGAGAGACAAUUGGAUGAUGAACCCACGGUAUUUGCUAACAAGCAGGAGGCAAAAAAUGCAUUCAAAGCACUAUUAGAAUCUGCAAAUGUUGAGGCUGAUUGGAGUUGGGAGCAGGCCAUGCGAAUCAUAAUUAAUGACAAACGAUAUGCUGCACUGAAAACUCUUGGUGAGCGGAAACAAGCGUUCGAUGAGUACUUGAUGCAAAGAAAAAAAUUGGAGGCUGAAGAGAGACGUCUCAGGCAGAGAAAAGUGAAGGAGGAGUUCACAAAUAUGUUGGAAGAAUGUGAAGAACUUACACCAUCCACCCGCUGGAGCAAAGCAGCGGCAAAGUUUGAAGGCGAUGAGCGUUUCAAGGCUGUUGAACGAGAAGCUGAUCGUGAGGAUCUGUUUAGGAACUACUUGGUAGAUCUUCAGAAAAAGAUGACAAGAUCAAGGUCUAUAAGACCAGAAAUUCCACCUGGGAAUUCAUUUGCAUCAAGAUCUUUACCACAGACUCCAUUUAACCAGAACAGACCAAUGUUACAAGACAAGUUAAGGUUUGAAAACCAAGAACUUAUAGUUUUUCCCAAUAGUAAUAUUUCUUUUAAAAUUUUACCACAUAUUUCAUCUAGAGAAGAAAAACGUAUUUUAGAUAAUUUAUGGAUUUCAUAUAAUAAGAAUCCAAAAGAUCAAAAAUAUUUUCUUGCAUGCAUGAAUGCAUUGUCAGAACAUUUUAGUCAGAACAAGCAAAGAUUUAAAUUUUAUAUUGUUAUUAAAGGUAAAAAUCCAGGAAUUUUCCAUUCUUGGAUAGAAGUCUUAGAUUGCAUUAAAAAUUUUCCAGAUUCUCUUUACAAAGGUUUUACAAAUUUUCAAGAAGCAUUAGAUGCAGCAAGACAGCAUAUAGAAAUAAAUUUUUAUUUAUCUCAUUCUUUAAAAAAUUACUCAGACCCUCCAUUAGACUUCUCUCCAAGUAAAGAUCAGAAUAUUUUCUGCCAACACUGUGAGUGUAUGCAAAGAAAUUACAAAGUUAUCAAUGAAGCCAAUCAGAACCUUUCACUAGAAAGAACCCAACUCCAAAAGAAAGUGGUCCAACUAGAAAAAGAGAUUUUGGAUCUAAAAGUCCAUUAUCCAACAGGUACUAUGGAGCCCAAGAAGUCCAUAGCUAGUCCAGCCCAAACGGUAGCUGGUAAAGACUUAUCAAAUCCGUUGAAGGUUGUGGACUUACCAAAAGCCCAACAGACUCAGGGGACUGUUGAUUCCUCUACUAAAAAAGAUAAUUAGACUCAGCAGACUGAUAAAUCUGCUACAGAAAAAGGUAAAGAGAUUUGGGAUCUUUUAGGACAGCCCAGUGGAAAAUUUGAUUAUUUAGUUAAAUAUAGUUCACCAGAACAUUUUUCACCAGAACAUUUUUCAAAUAAUCCAGAAUUUUCACAAGCCCAAGAAAUUCAGUCCAGCAAGGGAAAAGAAAAAAUGGUGGCCCGAGAUAGUCAAGACUGUUUAUUUCUUCAAGAAUCACAAGACCCUAAUCCAGAUACUGUUUCUUUAGAAAAGAUUUUUGAAAAAAUUGAAGAAUUCCAAAAGCAAUCCAAAAAAGAUGAAGGAAUUUUUUCCAGAAAAAAGAAAAAGAUUAAGAAGAAGAAAAAUGAUGAAGGAUUAAAAGAACAAAUUAGAGAAGCAGUCAAUCAAGCAUUUGAGACAAUCUUAAAAAAGAAUCAUGGAGAAGAGAAAGAAAUUUCAGAAUGCCCAGAUCAAAAAGAAAAAGAUGAAGCCAGUAAUUCCAGACUUUCAGAUGAAGACGAAGAUCCACAGAACGAAGGAUACAAUAAUUCAGACAGUGGAAUGUCAUUUUCAUUAAUGGCACACCACAAUCUUGAUACGUGAUAAAGAUCCUCAAUAAUGCAUAACAAGACAAAUCUGAAAGAAGACUUUUUAUCAUUAUACUGUAGACUUUUAGAAUAAAUUUUCAUUAUUGUUGUAUUAUUAGAAAAGGUGUCGGGACUUUUUGAAAAGAGAAAAGAUUCCUAUUUGAAUUUUUAGACAUUUGAUAGACCUUUUUGUAAAGUUGGUGGAAAUCUUGUAAAAGAAAGAUUCCCAACUAUAGACCUUUAGAAUUUUUAGUAAAAAGACAUAAAAACUUUUGUCACUUGUUAGAUUUUAGAAUGGCCAGAAGUUUCUCGGUGAAACGUGUGCCUUUCUCAAGGAUAGAUUGGACUUUUUGCUCCCAAGAAUUUUUCUAUUUAAGGAAUGAGUUUCAUUCGAUUUAGGCAGAAGUUUACAAUCUGUGUACUCUCUGCUAUCUAAAAAACCUUGAAACCUCUUCCCCAGAAAAAUUCUCAAUCCAAAAAAUAUUGUAUAGCUGAAACAUUCUUGUGAAUAUUGAAGGUAUUCUUGUAUUCUUAUU